AUGAUCACGACUAUACCCACACUUUCAGGAGUGAAUGCUUCACACAAUGACCAGGUCUGCAGCACGUGGGGUAACUAUCACUUCAAGACCUUCGACGGGGACUUUUUCCAGCUCCCCUCCACCUGCAACCAUGUUGUGACCUCACUGUGUAAGAGCAGCUAUGAGGCUUUCAACAUCCAGAUGAGGCGGCAGGUGGUGGACAACCAGCCCACCAUUAGCAAGAUCACCAUGAAGCUGGAUGGUGUAGUGGUGGAGCUUUCCAAGGGUGUUGUUGUGGUCAAUGGGCAGACGGUGACCCUGCCGGUCAGCUUGUCUGGAAUCAGCAUCAUGAAGACUACUUCCAAUGUGAAGGUCGUAGCCAAACUGGGGCUGGUUGCUGUUUGGAACAAGGAUGAUUCCCUAAUGAUUGAAAUGAACGAUAAGUACAGAAACCAGACCUGCGGACUCUGUGGUGACUUCAAUGAAGUCCAAACAUACAACGAAUUCAUCAUCAAUGGUGGGAAACUCUCUAGCUCUGACUAUGGAAACCUCUGGAAACUGGAUGGUCCUCUGGAAGUCUGUGAGGAGCCUACACUAACUUCUGAUGAGAGUUGUGGAGAUGAGGAAUUUUGUCAGCAGCUGUUCUCCGGUGCAGCUUUCAGUAGCUGCACUAAUUAUCUGGACAAGGACGCCUUCGUCGAGACCUGCCUGGCUGACCUGUGCCACUGUGAUAACAGCACCAACUCAUUCUGCCUGUGCAACACCAUCUCAGAGUACUCCCGUCAGUGUGUUCAUGCAGGGGGGAAGCCCCAGCAAUGGAGGACUGAACAGUUCUGCUAUAAGACAUGCCCUGACAACAUGGAGUACCAGGAGUGUGGAAGCCCCUGUGUUGACACCUGCUCCAACCCAGAGGCCAGACAGUUGUGUGAAGACCACUGUACAGGCGGCUGCUUCUGUCCUCUAGGUACUGUUUUUGAUGACGUCAACAACAGUGGCUGUAUUCCAGUGAGAGAAUGCCUUUGUGUCCACAAUAGACAAGUAUACACAUCUGGAGAAUCUUACACCAGCAACUGUAAAGAAUGCACCUGUGCUGGUGGUCAGUGGGCCUGUACAGACAAGGACUGUCCUGGAACCUGCUCUGUGGAGGGAGGAUCCCACAUCAACACCUAUGAUGGGAAAGCCUACACCUUCCAUGGGGACUGCUCUUACAUUCUGACCAAGCAAUGCAAUGGAACUGAAUUCACCGUGCUGGGAGACAUUGUGAAGUGUGGGUUGACUGACACUGAGACGUGUAUGAGGGCUGUUACCCUUGCCCUCUCCAGCAGGUCCACCGUGAUCCGAGUCCAGUCAUGUGGAAGUGUUUUUGUAAAUCAGAUUCUUUCUCAGCUCCCACUCUAUACUGCUGAAGUGACCGUCUUCAAGCCCUCCUCAUUCUACAUUGUUAUCCAGACAACUCUUGGAGUUCAACUUCAGAUCCAGCUUUCACCAGUUAUGCAGAUCUACAUAACUGCCAUCUCAUCCUACAAAGGAACAACCUGUGGCCUUUGCGGAAACUACAAUGACAUUCAGGCAGAUGAGUUCAGAGUCAUCAGUGGAUUGGUGGAGGGCACAGCUGUAGCUUUUGCCAACACAUGGAAGACCAUGUCUAGCUGCCCUGAUGUCAAGACUAGCUUUGAAAACCCCUGCAGUUUGAGCAUUGAAAAUGAGAAAUAUGCCCAGCACUGGUGUUUCAUGUUAUCAGAUCCUAAAGGAGUGUUCUCGCCUUGCCAUUCUGAAAUAAGACCUGACACCUACAAAACUAACUGCAUGUAUGACAGCUGUAACUGUGAGAAGAGCGAGGACUGCAUGUGUGCUGCCGUCUCCUCUUAUGUCCACGCUUGUGCUGCCGAGGGUAUCCAGCUCACUGGCUGGAGAGACACUAUCUGCAGUGAGUAGACUAUCACUUGCCCCAGUCAAACAGUUUAUACCUACAACAUGACCAGCUGUGGACGCACCUGCCGCUCCCUGAGCAUGACAGACCAAUCUUGCCAGGUGGAGUUUGUUCCAGUGGACGGAUGUGGCUGUGCAGAGGGCACCUACAUGGACGAGGCUGGCCAGUGUGUUGCCCCCACCAACUGUCCCUGCUAUGACAAGGGCUCGGUGGUCCCUGCAGGAGAGACUAUCAGCAGAGACGGUGCCACCUGCACUUGCAGACAAGGGACACUGAGUUGCACUGGGAAUUCUCAUAUAUCCCCAGUAUGCACACUGCCAAUGGUUUUCUUCAACUGCUCAACUGCACCUCCAGGAGCUUCAGGUUCAGAGUGUCAGAAGAGCUGCAAAACUCUGGACAUGACCUGUAUUAGCACAGAGUGCACAUCAGGUUGUAUGUGCCCCAACGGACUGGUGUCUGAUGGAAACGGAGACUGCAUCAAGGAGGAACUUUGUCCUUGUGCUCACAAUGGAGCUACUUACCAAGCUGGAGAGACCCUUAAGGUUGACUGCAAUACAUGUACUUGCAAGGACAGACAAUGGCAGUGUACCACACAUCUCUGUGAUGGAGUUUGUGCAAUCUAUGGAGAGGGUCACUAUAUCACUUUUGAUGAGAAAAGGUUCAACUUUAAUGGAAACUGUGAAUACACUCUCAUUCAGGACUACUGUGGCAAUAGUAAUGGCAGUGGCAGCUUCAGAGUCCUCACUGAGAACGUUCCUUGUGGAACUAAAGGCACCACCUGCUCCAAGACCAUCAAGCUCUUCCUGGGGACCAGUGAGCUCAUAUUGGCAGAUGGGACCGCUCAAGUUGUCAGAAGUACUCCAGAAGAGCAGUUUCCUAAACAGAUCAACCUUCUGGGGAAUUAUCUGGUCAUUGAAGUCAAAAGUGGUCUAAUCCUCAUGUGGGACAAGAAGACCAGUCUCUUUAUCAAGCUUAGCCCACAAUACCAGGGGCUGGUGUGUGGUCUGUGUGGAAACUAUGAUGGCAACGCAAACAAUGACUUCACCACUAGAGCCCAAGCGACUGUUGUUGAUCCGGUGGAAUUUGGAAACAGCUGGAAAGUUUCAUCAAGCUGUCCAAGUGUAUCCGCUGUAGCGCACCCAUGUGCCUCCAACCCGUACAGAGCGUCUUGGGCCCAGAAACAGUGCAGCAUCAUUAACAGUGAUGUUUUCACAGCCUGCCAGAACCAGGUGGACCCCUCUCCUUACUACGAUGCUUGUGUGAGAGACUCAUGUGCUUGUGACAGUGGUGGAGACUGCGAGUGCUUCUGUACCGCAGUGGCAGCUUAUGCAAAGGCCUGUAGUGAAGCUGGAGCAUGCGUAGCCUGGAGGACCCCUCGAAUUUGCCCACUGUUCUGUGAUUACUACAACCCUACUGGAGAAUGUGAGUGGCACUACAAGGCAUGUGGAGCUCAGUGUAUGAAGACCUGCAGAAACCCUUCCGGAGACUGUUCUAGUUUAAUUCCAGCAUUGGAAGGCUGCUAUCCUAACUGUCCUGCGGCACAACCUUACUUCAAUGAGGAGACAAUGAAGUGUGUGGAGAGGGAACAAUGUGGCUGUUAUGACUAUGAAGGAAACCAGUACACCAAUGGACAGAAUCUUCCGGCACAAAAUUGUGAAACAUGCACCUGCACAAUGACUGGAGUGAGCUGUAGUUAUGAUGUAAAUGAUUGUACAUGCUUGCAUAAUGGUAAACAACACCCAUAUGGAGAAACCCUCUACAAUACAACAGAUGGGAUUGGUAACUGCAUUGUUGCUGUUUGUGCCUCGAACGGAACCAUUACCAGGAACAUUUCGCCUUGUAAAGUGACCACAACUACAGUACCAACCACAACAUCCCCUCUGACCACAACAACUGUCCAUGCAACUACAACACAGACCUCUACAACAACACUAAAGCCCACAACUGUCUUCCACUUCUCAACACCUGAACCAACAUCUACUUGGUCAUCCACAACAAUGAAGACAACACCUGAAAUCACUAUUGGCACCAUAACUUCAUCAUUAAAUCCUUCAACUACAACAUCUGGAGCAAGUACAGUCACAAUUCCCAACCCGACAACUGUAACUACAACAACUACGGUACCCUCGACCACAGCUACGUCGACCACAGCUGAAACGUCAACUAUGGAAGAAACCACAACUAAGACCAUCAUAUCUACAAAGCCACCUAAAGUAGUCACCACUGGUACCAGAACAACGACAUCACAUGUCACCACCAAACCUUCAGUGACUAAAAUUGAGUCACUUACAAAAACACUACCUUACUUUACAGGUACAAUGUGGCCUUUAACAUCAACAACACAGCCCUCAACAACAACAGAAUCAGUCAUAACAGGUGGAAUAUUGACAACAGAGCCUACCUCCCAGAUUACCAAUACAAACAUCUGGGAUAUUCACACACAACACAGUAUCAUCAUCUACAACUACAAUUUCAUCUACAAAAAGCCACCUAAAGAAGUCACCUCCGGCCCAACAACAACUUCCACCACUGUAAUUGUUGAAACCUCUACUUCAACAUCACAGCCCACAACAACAGGUGAAGAAACAACAGGGCCAGUUGUCAUAACUUCCAACCCCACUACUUUAACAACAACAACAAUUGCACCCACAACAACGACACCUACCACAGGUGGAACGACAACAGUUGAAGAAACCACAACCGAGACAAUGUCAUCUACAGCCACAAAGCCACCUAAAGAAGUCCCCACGGGCCCAAUAACAACUUCCACCACUGUAAUUGCUGAAACCUCUACUUCAACAUCACAGCCCACAGCAACAGGUGAAGAAACAUCAGGGCCAGUUGUCAUAACUUCCAACCCCUCUACUUUAACAACAACAACAAUUGCACCCACAACAACGACACCUACCACAGGUGGAACGACAACAGUUGAAGAAACCACAAAUGAGACAAGUCCAUCUACAAAACCACCUAAAGAAGUCACCUCCGGCCUAACAACAACUUCCACCACUGCAAUUGUUGAAACCUCUACUUCAACAUCACAGCCCACAACAACAGGUGAAGAAACAACAGGGCCAGUUGUCAAAACUUCCAAUCCCACUACUUUAACAACAACAACAAUUGCACCCACAACAACGACACCUACCACAGGUGGAACGACAACAGUUGAAGAAACCACAACCGAGACAAUUUCAUCUACAAAACCACCUAAAGAAGUCACCUCCGGCCCAACAACAACUUCCACCACUGUAAUUGUUGAAACCUCUACUUCAACAUCACAGCCCACAACAACAGGUGAAGAAACAACAGGGCCAGUUGUCAUAACUUCCAAUCCCACUACUUUAACAACAACAACAAUUGCACCCACAACAACGACACCUACCACAGGGGGAAUGACAACAGUUGAAGAAACCACAACCGAGACAAUUUCAUCUACAGCCACAAAGCCACCUAAAGAAAUCCCCACGGGCCCAACAACCACUUCCACCACUGUAAUUGUUGAAACCUCUACUUCAACAUCACAGCCCACAGCAACAGGUGAAGAAACAACAGGGCCAGUUGUCAUAACUUCCAAUCCCACUACUUUAACAACAACAACAAUUGCACCCACAACAACGACACCUACCACAGGUGGAACAACAACAGUUGAAGAAACCACAACCGAGACAAUUUCAUCUACAAAACCACCUAAAGAAGUCACCUCUGGCCCAACAACAACUUCCACCACUGUAAUUGUUGAAACCUCUACUUCAACAUCACAGCCCACAACAACAGGUGAAGAAACAACAGGGCCAGUUGUCAUUACAUCCAAUCCCACUACUUUAACAACAACAACAAUUGCACCCACAACAACGACACCUACCACAGGUGGAACGACAACAGUUGAAGAAACCACAACCGAGACAAUUUCAUCUACAGCCACAAAGCCACCUAAAGAAGUCCCCACGGGCCCAACAACCACUUCCACCACUGUAAUUGCUGAAAGAUCUACUUCAACAUCACAGCCCAAAACAACAGGUGAAGAAACAACAGGGCCAGUUGUCAUUACAUCCAAUCCCACUACUUUAACAACAACAACAGAGGUAACUACACCUACCACAGGUGUAACGACAACAGUUGAAGAAACCACAACUGAGACAAUUUCAACUACAUCUACAAAACCACCUAAAGAAGCCACCACAGGCCCAAUGACAUAUUCCACAACUGCUGAAGUUGUAACUUUGACAUCACAGCCUUCAACAACAAGUACAGAAACAACAGAGCCAGUUGUCAUCACAGGCCCAUUAGAAACAACAAGAAAUCCUUCAACAUCGCCACAAGUGAUUAUUACAUCAACAUCACAAGUAGUCACCACCAGCCAGUGUAUGUGCAUUGUUAAUGGGACACAAUAUCUACCAGGGAACCUAGUGUAUAAUGUGACUGAUGGUUCAGGGUGGUGCUUCACCGCUUACUGCAAAGCAACGUGUCAAGUUGAAGUGGAAUCAAAUCCAUGUCCUUCCUCUACACCACCCACUGUUUCACCCACAACGUCAGAAGAGACAACGACCACACCACCAACAACUCAAUCCUCCCCAGACUGCACUAGCAUUCAGCCACCAAGAAAGAAUGGAGAGUCUUGGCAGCUGAAUAGCUGUACCACAGCAAUUUGCCAGGACGGUAUUGUUGUCCAGCUACCAGUAAAAUGCAAGCCAGUGGAGCCACUACAGUGUGAGAAUGGUCGUCCACCUGUCAAGGUCUAUGAUUCAACUGGAUGCUGCUUUAUGUAUGAAUGUGAAUGUGUAUGCAGUGGAUGGGGUGGAUCUCACUACAUGACAUUUGACGGAGUAUAUUACAAUUUCCAGGAGAACUGCUCAUACAUCUUAGUGAAAGAAAUCAACUUCAAAUACAACCUUACCAUUAUUGUUGAUAAUCACUACUGUGGAAACGCAGACAGUGGAUUCUGUCCUCAGUCCCUUAUCAUUCACUACAAUUCCUAUGAAGUGAUUCUUACCCAGCAGAGAUCUGGUGACACAACAGAAAACGUGGUAUAUGUCAACAGUAAACGAAUCUACCCAGCUUACAGAAUGGGUGACAUUGCUCUAACAAGUACUGGUGUGGAAGUCGUGCUGGAGAUCACUGAUCUUAAGAUUCAGGUGUCUUACAAGGGGUCAUCAUUUAGCAUCAACCUUCCUUACUCCCUCUUCCAAAGCAGCACAGAGGGCCAGUGUGGUACCUGUGAUAAUUCCCAGAAGAAUGACUGCCAGUCACCUAAUGGUCAGAUACAGAGCUGCUCAGUCGCAGCUAGCCAGUGGCUUAUUCCAAACCAGGACUGUCCAACUCCUCCAACAGCACCACCCCCAAGCACAUCACCUACCCCCUGCAAGACAGCCGUUUGUGAAAUCAUGAACAGCAAGGUCUUUGAGGAAUGCCAUAAAGUGGUUUCUCCUGAUGCCUUCGUUCAGGCCUGUAGAUCAGAUGUCUGCUACAAUGCUAAUUCUAGCUGCUCUAGUCUGGAGGCGUAUGCAUCUGAAUGUGCAAAUAAAGGGAUCUGCAUUGAAUGGAGGAAGUUCACCCAUGGAGAAUGUGAGCAUACAUGCCCAGCCACGAAGGUGUACAUGCCAUGUGGUCCAGCAGUUGAACCAACAUGUAAUACCAGAUAUAAUGAGAAGUAUUUGAACAACCAAACCCAAAUGAUCAAUAAGACGAAGGAGGGUUGCUUCUGUCCAUCUAAAACCGUCUUGUUCAGCACCUACUCUGAUACUUGUGUGGUCUCCUGUGGCUGCACCGGACCUGAUGGCAACCCCCAAAUGCCUGGUGAUACAUGGGAGAGUGGUUGCCAGCAGUGCACCUGUGACAUGGACUCCGUGAUUGUCCAGUGCCAGCCUAUCACCUGCCCCACACCAGCCACACCCAUCUGCAAUGAGACUGGUUCCAGACUGGUGAACAAGACAGAAGGCUGCUGCCAGAAAUAUACAUGUGAGUGUGAUGCACUGCUUUGCCCCAAAGUCAUGAUGGACUGCCAGCUAGGGUGGGAGGCAAUUAUAAGCACAUCCAACUCAAGCUGCUGUCCAGAGUAUACCUGUGUUCCUAAGGGUGUAUGUGUCUACAAUAACAUUGAGUACCAGCCUGGUGCUGAAGUUCCUAAAGGAACAUGUGAGAAUUGUAUCUGCAGCUCGACCAUGGAUCCUAGUACCAAGCUCAACAAUAUUGUGUGCACAAAUAUCUCCUGCAACACUACAUGUUCACAGGGCUUCCAGUAUCAGGCCAUACCUGGUCAGUGUUGUGGGAAAUGUGUACAGACAAGCUGUGUGGUUAAUAUGCCAGAUAAGACCAAGCACACUAUGCAGGUGAACGAAACAUGGUCACCACCUGGUGACAAAUGUGUGAUGUACACGUGUGACAAAAAUGAUGACCAAUAUAUACCAGUCGAGGUGAAGACUGUGUGCCCUGAUUUCAGCCCAGAGAUCUGUGUCCCAGGCACAGAAAAGACAGAUGCAAAUGGAUGCUGCAAGACUUGCACAGAACGCAGGAAUGUCUGUGAGAUGAAGUACACCACCACUAGCAUUGUCAUCAGUGGUUGUGUGACCGCUGAGCCUGUGGAGAUCAAUUCCUGCUCAGGAGACUGUGGAACCUCUUCCAUGUACUCAGCAGAGGCGAACACCAUGAUGCACUACUGCUCCUGCUGCCAAGAGGCGACCACUAGCCAGAAAGAGGUGGAGCUGCUCUGCCCUGAUGGGUCAAAGGUCAAGCACUCCUACAUCCACGUGGAGUCGUGCGGAUGUCAUGUCACAGACUGUGAUGCAAAAAUGACCGCCGCCCCGGGUACGACGAGAAAGCCCGGAAGGAGGCGCUAAACGUCUAGGGAGACAACAUGCACACUGAUAUAGGAAUUAUCCUCAUGACAUUGAAUGUUUUACUCCAAAUUUGUUUUCUUGUAACAUUUUACUUAAAUCUGUCAUGUCAGUGUAUUUCCACAAUCGGCAACACUUACUAUUAUGUUCUUAUACUUUCAUUGUAGAAUGAAUGUAUUUUCUAUGAUAAAUGUAGUGGGUAAUCUCUUUUCUCAUUUGUAGUGAUUAAUAAACAACAGCAACAUCA